AUGAAGACCCGCACCAACCUGCUGCAGGCUGCAGCCACAGAUCUCCCUCCCUUGCUGGCCCCACUGUGCCUUACCUCUCAACCCCACCAUACUUCAUCCCCCCCUCCCCCGGACAUCAACUUUCCAUCCAACAGGCAUCUGGGCGCAGGACAUGAAGACCCGCACCAACCUGCAGCAGCCACAGAUCACCCUGUCCUGCUGCCCCCACUCUGCCUUCCCUCUCACCCGCACCACCAAGCUUUAAUAUAUACCCCCUGCCAUACCCUAAACCCCCGUUUAACAGGCAUCUGGACGCGUGACAUGAAGACGCGCACCAACCUGCAGCAGCCGCAGAUCACCAAGAUCAUCAAAACUCUGGAGGGAAGGAAGCUGAUAAAGGCUGUCAAAUCAGUCAACAACAAGAGCCGCAAGCUAUACAUGCUAUAUGAGCUCGAGCCAUCCCGGGAGGUGACAGGAGGCGCGUGGUACACCGAUGCGGAGUUCGACGCCGAGUUCAUUUCGGCUUUAAGGCAGCUGUGCCUGACACACAUUGUGAAGCUGGGAGGCGAUACGCUCGAGGGGGUGGUGGAGGCAGUGAGGAGGGCUGGCAGUGGGGGCAGAGAAGACCUGAGAAUGGAAGAUUUUAGACAGGUCAUCAGCACGCUCGUGUUUGAUCGCGAGCUAGACGUGUUUAUCAGCACCGGCUCUGGCAAGGACUCACGCUUCCCUGUGGGAGCGGAGGUGUAUCGACCAUCAAGAUCUCGAGCUCCAGAAUCAUCCGCAUUCACCAACAUACCCUGCGGGGUGUGCCCU